AUGAAUAAUCUUUUGGAAAAUCGAAUUGAAGUUGAAAAUGAUCAAUCAUCAAGACCUACUACGCCUCAUAUGCAAGUUAUUCCAGCUAACCAGAGUGUCGAAAGUUGGGUUUGGUUAUUUGUUAAUAAACAAACUCGAUAUUGUCAAGUUAUAAUUGAAGAUAAGGGUGUUAGACGUCAAUGUGAAUGGUCUUGUCAGAAAAAAACAAGCACAACUAAUAUUGCUAGUCAUUUAAGAGUCAAACAUCGAAUAAUUGAAGGAAAAGAAGAAGCUGAAGUAAUAAACUCAGAAACACAUAAUAGAAAUUUUCCACUUGAACAAAGUAAAAUUAAUAGAAUUACAUAUCAUUUAAUAGACUGGUUAAUAGAUGACAUGCAGGCUUUUCAUGUAGUAGAAAAUCGCAAAUUUCGAAAUUUUGUUUAUGAACUUGAAUCAUUUUAUUCUAUUCCUUGUAAGAAUUCCUUAUAUAAAAAAAUGAGUGAAGCCAUUAGUAUAGUUGAACAAAAUUUGAAUGAAUCAAUGAACAAUACACAUGAAAUUAAUGUUCUAGAUCCAAUUGCAUCUGAUACAGAAACACGAUGGAAUAGUACUUUCUUUUUAUUAGAAAGACUUAUUUAUUUUCGUAAUACACUUUCUAUAUUAGGUAAUAAGCUUGCUUUAGAUCCUGAUAGAACUACGCGAAAUGAUGGUGAUAAUUUAAAAAAAUUAUUGCUUAAUUCGGAUAAUUGGACAUCAUUAGAAGAAUUAAUUUUAUUACUUCGACCUUUUGUGAAUGCAACAAAUCUUACAUCGGGCAGUUUGUAUCCUACUCUUUCACUAUGGUAUCCUACUUUAUAUUGCUUACAGGAUUAUUUAGAAAAUAUUGUACAUACUAUUACAAGUCCUCAAAUUAUAAUAGUAUGUAACGAAAUUUUAGCUUCAUUAUAUAAGCGUUGGGAGAUUCCUGAUGAAUUAGGUUGUAUUGCAAGCUUAUUAGAUCCUAGAUUUAAAUUUUUAAAAUUUUUAUCACCAAUUCAAAUAGAAAAUACAAAACAAAAUUUAAAAAACCAUAUUGAAUUAUUAGAAACACCUAACACACUACCAACUACUAAUUUUUCAGAUAAUACAUCUAUGUUUUUAAAUUUUUUUAAUAAUAAUUUAUCUUCACAACCUCCUACAUCCCAAAUUGAUAUAGAAAUAUCCCUUUAUUUACAACUUCCAGCUCUUUCCGUAUUACCCUUAAAUCAUCCACAUUAUCACCUUCAUGAUCCCUUACAAUGGUGGCAAGAAAAAAGAACAACAUUUCCUUUAUUAUAUAGACAGGCUCGUAGGUUUUUAGCUAUCCCAGCUACAUCGGUUCUAUCUGAAAGACUCUUUUCAGAUGCAGGUAAUGUAAUUACUGACAAACGAAAUCGUCUAAAUCCUGAUACUAUUCACGAUCUAUUAUUUUUAAAAGAAAAUGAUCAUUUAGUUUCAUUUUAUGAAGACUAA